CUCGAGGUGUAAAAUACCUGUUUCCUGUGCAAGUGAAGACUUUUCAGCCCAUAUAUGAUGGCAAAGACCUAAUUGCUCAAGCUCGGACAGGAACUGGGAAAACCUUUUCUUUUGCUAUUCCGCUGACUGAAAAACUUCAGAGCAUUUCACAAGAUGAGAGAAGAGGUCGUUCACCAAAGGUGCUGGUUCUGGUUCCAACGAGGGAACUGGCCAUUCAGGUCGCCAGGGACUUCAAGAAUCUCACAAGGAAACUCUCAGUGGCAUGUUUUUAUGGAGGAACACCGUAUAAAGCACAGUUUGAUCUCCUUAAAAGUGGCAUUGAUAUUCUCGUGGGAACUCCUGGACGGAUCAAAGACCACAUUCAGAAUAGCAAGCUGGACCUUUCCAGUGUGAAGCAUGUUGUUUUGGAUGAAGUUGAUCACAUGUUAGACAUGGGCUUUGCUGAACAAGUAGAAGAAAUCUUAGGAUUUGCUUAUAAAAAAGGUUCUGAGAACAACCCUCAGACAUUGCUGUUUUCUGCAACUUGUCCACGUUGGGUAUACGAUGUGGCAAAAAAAUACAUGAAAGAUGAGUAUGAACAGGUAGACCUGAUUGGAAAGAAGACUCAGAGGACUGCCACGACUGUGGAACACUUGGCUAUACAGUGUCGCUCGUCUCAGAGAGCAGAAGUUCUUGGGGAUAUCAUUCAAGUUUACAGUGGAAGCCAUGGGCGGACGAUUGUCUUCUGUGAGACAAAAAAGGAAGCAAAUGAGUUGGCUUUGAAUUCUGCGCUCAAACAGGAAGCCCAGUCAUUGCAUGGUGACAUUCCACAGAAGCAGAGAGAAGUUACACUAAAAGGCUUCAGAAAUGGUGUGUUUGAGGUUCUGAUUGCAACCAAUGUAGCUGCCCGUGGCUUGGAUAUUCCUGAAGUCGACCUCGUUAUACAGUGCUCACCACCAAAAGAUGUUGAUUCCUACAUCCAUCGUUCUGGACGCACAGGUCGAGCUGGCCGGACAGGGAUCUGUAUCUGUUUCUACCAGAGGAGAGAAGAAGACCUUCUGAAGCAGGUUGAGCAGAAAGCGGGGAUUACGUUUAGGCGUAUAGGUGUUCCGUCUGCUACAGAUAUAAUUAAAGCUUCAAGUGAUGAUGCUAAGAAGUGUUUAGAUGCCAUUCCUCCUUCUGCGAUUGACUACUUCAGGCAGUCGGCUCGAGAGCUCAUAGAGGAGAAAGGGGCAGUUGAUGCCCUGGCAGCAGCUCUAGCCCAUAUUUCUGGGGCGUCUUCCAUACAGCAGCGCUCCUUACUCAACUCAACUGCGGGCUUUGUGACCAUGGUAUUACAGUGCUCGAUAGAGAUGCGUUCCAUGAGCUACGCCUGGAGGGGGCUGAAGGAGCAGCUUGGUGAGGAAGUAGACCGCAAGAUAUCUGCAAUGCGUUUCCUCAAGGGGAAGAUGGGGGUGUGCUUCGAUAUCCCCAUGGAUGAGCUGAGUCACAUACAGGAGCAGUGGCGGGACACGCGGCGCUGGCAGCUGGCGGUGGCCAAGGAGCUGCCCGAGCUGGAGGAGCAGCCGCAGGACGCGAGCCGCGGGCCGCCGCGCUUUGGUGGCUUCAAGAAGAACGGCAGGUUCGGCGGCUGGAAGCAGGGCCGGCCGCCCGGCAGGCACCUCGAGUAGCCUUUGCCCUGCGGGACUGACCGUGUUUUUUACCCACAAGUAAAGAAAAGACCCGUUGGACGCUC